AUGUCCGCAAUUUCGUUACAAGCCUUCCGGCCGACCGCGGAGAAGGUGUACCACGUGGACGUGCACCCCACGCUGCCGUGGAUCGUCUCAUCGGACGGCCACGAUAACGUCGUCGUAUGGGACUGGGAACACCGCCAGGUGCUAUACGAGGUGAACGCGGGGGGGGUGGACGAGCGCCGUUUGGUGGACGCGCAGCUGCAGCGCAUCGCCGAUGGGGAGGAGCAUGCCAAGACACGGUCGUCAGCAGUGGGAGCAGAGGCCAUACGAGGAGGAGGAGUGAAGGACGUUAAGUUUUAUGACGACGAUGUUCGCUUUUGGACUGGAGCCAUUGCGCGGGCGGCAGUAGCCGAAUCCCCCACCGUUACAUCUGCCGGCCUCCUUGUGCCGCCCAUCGGCGCCGCCCCGUCCGCGGUGCGCGGGCGGCGGUUCUUGUUUGUAUGCUGUGACAACAAGGCGAUUGUCGCCGACCUUGUGACGAUGAGAACAAAAGACAUCCCCAAGCUGCUGCUGGACAACCGCUCUCCGCUUUGUGUGGAGUUUCUACCUCGCUCCAGUGCGCUGGGCGACGGUCCCUUUGCGUGCUUUGGAGGGCCUGAUGGAGCCAUUCGGGUGCUCUCCCUCGCAACCUGGCAGAUAUCGCGCAAGUUCACAGGAGGGCACAAGGGCGCAGUGCACUGCCUGCUCCCCUUUAUGGCGGGCAAUGGGGAGAUGAUGCUGGCAUCAGGAGGAGCGGACGGGACUCUCGUCAUGUGGGGGGCGGACUCACAAGCAAGCGCAGCAAAGGAGGUGGCGCCCAAGAUCACUCUCCCCAAGGCGCAUGACGGGGGGGUGGUGGGGAUCAGCCUGGCGCGCAUCCACGGCGCUGCCCCCCAUCUGGUCACGUGCGGCGGUGACAAGGCCGUGGCAUUCUGGGAUACCACCAUGUUCCGGGAGGUGCGGCGGAUGAAGCAUGCCAUUCCCAAAACCGUCUGCCACACCAUUGCCAGCUGGCGCCACCCGCGUGUGCCAGCUGUCGAGGUGCUCGCCUGCGCCAAGGACUCGCACGUGUGGGCGUUGGAGGCAUCAGGGGGCAGCAGGCCUAUCUGCGACCUCUCCACCCACGCACCCCCCACUCCCCAGUUGGCAGCAGGCAAGAAGCUGAAGAUCUACUGCAUGAUGCCGCACAGCCUACAGCCUCAUCUGGUGGUGUGUGGCACCAACGUGGGGGUGAUGCUCAUCUGCUUCGACCGCACUGCCGUGCCCCCUGCAGCCGCUCUCCCCACACCCCAGGGAUCCAGGCAGCACCAGGUGGCGUUCUGCCUGGGAAGGGGGCUGAACGCGCUCGCCUUCCAGCUGCUAACAGCAGGGCAGGUUGGGCCUGGGGCGGGUGUGACUGUGGCGGGGGGCGGGGGCAGUGGCAGUCAGAGGCCCGUCACUCCCGCUGGAGUCACACGGGUGGAUGCGCUUGAAGCUGCCGUGCCUGAGGUGAAGCAGGAGAGGCGGAGAGCAGUACCUGUUGCACAUGAGAGCUACUCGCACCUCUCUGUCAGCAAGUCCGGCAAAUAUCUUGCAGUGCUGUGGCCAGAAGUCCCUUUCUACAGCGUGUACAGCACAGAGGACUGGGGAGUUGUGGACUCGGGCACGGCGCGCCACUUCGCCUGGGACACAUGUCAGGACCGCUUUGCCAUCCUGGGAGGGGCCGUGGUGCCCAAGGUGCAGAGCAGCUCUGCCAGUUCAGGCAGGCACGGGUUCAGAGGGCGAAGCAAGAAGGAUGCCAAAGAGGCAGAGGCGGCAGCUGCGGCUGCCAUGGCUGCUGCAGCUGCAGCUCUGGCCGGGGCGACUGUGGAGGUCCGGCAGAUCCGGAAGGACGGGAAAGUGCAGAUCAUGUGCACAUCCAUUGAAUCUGGACGCCGCGAGCAGGUCAUAGGGCUCUUCCCAGGCGCGCUGCUGGGAGUGGCCUAUCGCAUGCCCAAGAAGACAUCUCUGCCAGGGGUCAGCCUGCCCUCUGCUGCGCUCUCCUCACGAGCUGAAUCAAUGGCUGACUACAGUGAGCACCCGCCAAACUUCCACCUUAUAAGCUGGGAGACGUUCAAGCCGGUCAGCGGCAUGCUUCCAGAACCGCACUGGACCGCGUGGGACCCCAUAGUAGAGUACUGCGCCUUUGCCUACGCCACGCACAUCGUGGUCGCUACCCUCCGCCCGCAAUUCCGCUGCCUGGGUCACGUGGCCGUGCGGGGGGCAACGGGAGGAACCUGGCACCGGCGUCAGCUCUUUCUGGCUACCCCCACCUCUGUCGAGUGUGUGUUUGUGGAUGCGGGUGUGAGUGCGAUCGACCUGGAAACAAGGAGGCGCAAGGAGGAGAGGAAGAGGAGGGAGGAGGAGGCUAAAGUGGUGGCAGAGAAGGGUGAGCUGGCUCUGCUGGCCAUGGCGCCUCCCAAGACAGAGGAGGCACCGGAGAGGGUUCAGCUGCGGCCUCCCAUGCUGCAGGUGGUCCGCCUCGCCUCCUUCUCCUCGCCCCCAGCAGUCCCUCCAAUCUCAGCCAUGGCUCGGGCCUGCAGCCUAUCAGCCGACGCCACGUCAGCGCCGCCCGGCACGUCAUCAGGCCCGGGGCUGCUGGACGGCCCCGAGGUGAAGCCGCCCGAAGUGGUGGUGGGCGGCGGGGGCGUGCCGGUGGCAGCCGGGCGGCUGCCGAUGGAGCAGCGGCGGCCGGUGGGGCAGGUGUAUGUGGUGGGGGUGCGAGACGGCGUCCUGUGGCUCGUGGACCGGUACAUGACAGCGCAUGCCAUCUCCCUCUCCCACCCCGGAGUGCGCUGCCGAUGCCUCGCUGCUCAUGGCGACCCCGUUGGUGCUGUCAAAUGGGCGUCCCGCCUGGGCCGAGAGCACCAUGACGACCUGGCGCAGUUCAUGGUGGGCAUGGGGUACGCGAGAGAGGCGCUGCACCUGCCUGGCUUGUCCAAGAGGUUCGAAUGUGAGCUGGCUCUCUCCUGUGGCGAGUUGGAUCGCGCUCUGCAUUGCCUCAUGGCGCUCUCCCGCCCCAUGUCCUCCUCGGGGGCGGCCGUGGCUGAUGCCGAUGCGGCCAUGGACAGCCAGAUGGACUCCACUGGGAUCCUUGCUAUGGCGGCAUCACAAGCCAACAUGAUGGAGGCGGCAGUGGGCGUGGCGCGCUACGCCUCUGAAUUCCUCGACCUUGUUGACGCAGCGGACGCCACGGGGCAGGCUGACGUGGCGGUGCGAGCGCUGCGCCAGCUGGCGGGGGCGAGUCUGCUGGAGGGUGCUCUGCUGCCAGCCGUGCAGCGGAGGGUGUCUCUGCGACUGGCCCUGCAUGGGGAGGGCACGAGACUGCAGAUGCAAAUCCAGUCACUCGUGCGAGGAGGGUGUGGGAGGGAGGCAGCGUGUGCGGCAGCGCUGCUAGGGGAUGCGAAUAUGCUGGAGAAGGCAUGGGCUGACACGGGCAUGGUGCCUGAAGCUGCCCUGCACGCCCUGUCUCACGGCCGGCCCACGCUCGCAACUCUCCUGAAGCAAUGGAACCGAUGGCUGCAGAAGGAGGAGGUGCAGCUGAAGCGGCACAACAUGCUGCACACAGCGCAUUUCAACACUCUCUUCGCCAACACCCAGGCCUCCGAAGACCCCUUCCAGACGCUCGCUCCCACCACCAAAGACCCGCCCAUCCAAAUCGUCCCCCCUCGGGAAUUCUCUGUUGCUCAAACCUCUGAGGAUGGCAGUUUGGGGUUCGGAGCAGCGGGAGCAGCAGGAGGGUUUGCAGGAGGGUUCCAGUCUUCUGCUGCAGCAGCGGCAGCAGCAGCAGCAGCACCAACCUGGUCCCUUGCUACUGCUGCUGCAGGAGGGAACUGGACCGCACCUGAUUCCCUCACACAAGACGAUGCUCUGUUCUCACGCCCCCCACCUCCUCGUGCUGGCUCUAGUGGUGUAGAGGGCAUGUCGGCCCCGCUUGACCUUUCGGUGCUUGAAGGGGCAGGCGAGCCGAAGCGUGGCCCAGCGACCAUUGCUGUGCCUGUGGAUUUCGGCCAAACGCUGGUGGGCGAUGGAUUACAGAAAGAGCCGGAUGGUCUGGUCUGGGAGAUACCGUAG